GUGAAGGUAGCGCCUCCGCGAAGUGUUCUGGUUUUGGCAUCACAUUAAUCUCAGUGUGUGGUUUUAAUUUUGGUGAAAUCUAUUAUAAUUAAUGUAAAAGGACUUUCAUAAUAAUAUUGUGUGUUCCACGUUAAUAUAUAAAGUGUGGUGUGAAAAAUAUGAUAGUUGCUUUUAUGAUGGCUGUACUUGGAGUGGUUGAAAGGGGGGUAGCAUUGCCGACCGGCGAUUUAUGUGAAAGUUGCGAAGAAAAUGAACUUCCCACUUACAAUUUCCCCUACAUGAGUAGAGGAGAGUGGGGUGCCAGACAAUCGGCGCAAGAUGUUCUUCCACUUAACUAUACUGUGCCCUACGUAGUCAUACACCACUCUUACAUACCGCCAGCGUGCUAUGACAAUGAGAAGUGUGUUCAUGCUAUGAAGGCGAUGCAAGAUAUGCACAUAGACAAGAAUAAGUGGUGGGAUAUUGGGUAUCAUUUCGCCGUCGGCAGCAACGGCGUGGCAUACGAAGGACGCGGAUGGGGGAAGCUGGGUGCGCACGCGCUGCACUUCAACAGCGUGUCUGUGGGCAUCUGCCUCAUAGGUGAUUGGACCCAAUCCCUGCCUACAUCAAAACAAAUCAAGACUGCGAAAGCUUUGAUUCAUGCUGGAAUACAAUUGGGGUACAUCAAACCGGACUACAAAUUGGUGGGUCACAGACAAGUCCGUGACACCCAAUGUCCGGGAGACGCGCUUUAUAGAGAAAUCCAAUCCUGGCCCCACUACGCUCCUUUCCCCCGGUCACAUAAGGACUUAUUGGAUGUUGAAGAACUAUCGGAGGACGUUAAGGAAUUAAUUAGACAAAGUAGUGAGAAACAGUAGCUUUAUUUUGAUAGAAAUAGGUGGUCCGAGGUCGAAUACCAGUCACGGUGGAAGCGUCGGGCAAGGCCUCCGGUCUCAGGCCCAAAGGACCCUGCAGUGUACCUAUUUCAUGCGGCUGAGAUGUAGGAAUGGUAAGCAAUAGAUGUGUAUGACUGUGAUGCUGUAUGCCCAUGUCUCAACCUCAUGUCCUUUUGUACAAUAUGCCUCAAGAUCUAAAGGAGUAAACAACCGCCCGAUAGCCGUGGCUUCUUUUUUGAUAAUACUUAUGUAUUUAGAAAAUGAUCUAGCCGUUUACGGCUCGAAAGAUGAAAAGUGGAUGCAAGUUCCUAUCUCUGUUACUACCGAGAAUCUAAAGAUCUAACUAAUAAUAAUAAGUAAUAUAUAUUUUAAUCAACACGGGUUUAAUUUAUUUAAUG